UUGCCACCAGCUUGGGUCCCUAGCCGGAGGCUCUUGAAAUUCACCUUCGCUGCUUUUCGGUCAGCGAGCCUCUAUCAGUCAUUCCUUAACCCUCAAUUCAGGUGUUUAUCCUCGAUCCUGCCUAACCAUAGUCAUUCAUUUAUUGCCAACAAAGCUAUUAUUGUCCAUUCACUCGUUAAUAUAUUCUUUGCACUCGUUGUCUAUCACGCGUUUGGUUCCAUUUCUCAUCCUUUGGUCACUUGAGCUGAGAAAAAGGAAGGAAGAGAGACAAUUUCCUGUCGGGGGUUUUUUUUUCCCGAAUUCGGCGUCAUACAUGCAACAAAAAUACAUUGGCAGUGCUAGUUACAAUUAAUUCGAUAUCCAACAUUGUGGCCCUGUUUUAGUAUUUACUGCUUGAAGGGUAUUGGGUUGUCUUCAAAUAACUUGGAAGUUUAAUCAUGCAUCCUGGAAGACGCCAUGUUCAGAUGCGUCGGUCAGCGGCUGUUAUACCUAUAUCAGUGCCAUUUAAGAAGGCUCCUACGAUAACUCUCAAGGGACGCGCCGAUACAACUAGUGACGCUUCUGGAUCUACUUCGACGUGUAAAGAUGGUGAUACUUCCUCUAGAUGCGAGAAGCCUGCUGGCGCCACUAACUCCACAUUGCCGAUCAUCCUGGGGUCAAUGGUUCCCAUCUUUAUUGCCGUACUGGUGUUGGUGUGGCUACAUCGAAGACACACUCAAAAACUAAAGAGAGAAGACGCUAUGGAUAAGACGAAGAGCAUGGAUUUUGGAUUGGAUAUUGGACCCGCUAGUAAAUAUUCUGUCAAUGGGGCUACCCCUGGGGGGGAAAAGUCUACAGGGAACGGACGUCGCCAACUCUCUAUGGAUAUUGGUGUUAACUCACCUUAUCUACUCCCAGCCGGGAUUCACGGUUCGAAAGAAAGUUUGCAUUCGCUCGCUAGAAGUGGUGAUGAUCGUUAUGGACGUCCAAUGACGGCCGAUUCAAGAGGCAGUCCGAGUUCUCCCCUUACUCAUGUUUCCUCUCCUUGGUCAGACGCAAAUUCACGUCAUCUGAAUCAUAACAAUAGCAACAACCACGAUCGCGAUUCUUCUCACUAUGGACCCUCAACCGGACAUGAUGACAGCCCGGAUGGUUCUCAGAUGAGCAUGACAGCUGAAUUGCUAAGUGGAGCCCAACGGAUGCCCACCUCGACUCCACCACGAUCUACUUCACUUCCAAAAGAUUCCCCAUCAAAUGUUCCCCGUAUCACUGUUCCAACCCCGGCGAUCAUCAGGUCACCUGCGCAAGGCUCAUUAGUCAACAAUUCUCGUGAUAAACGGGAUUCCUACGGGAGCGGCGAUGACCUCCAUCGUAGCCACGUGCACAUGGCCAAGCAAGUUGAUUAUGUUCAGCAGCCGGCACUCGCCAAGGUACCGGAUGGACUUGCGGCUUUUCGGGCUGGUCAAUCGACUUCAGGUCCAUUAACUUUUCCACAGUUUGAAAUCACUUCGAACCCGUCACCAGAUGGAGAAGGUGUUGGAGCUGCUUCGGAUGGACAAACUGAACAAAAGGCGCCACCCACUACUGAUGAUCAAAGUGAUUAUGGGGAUGGUAUCCAAUUCAGGCUCACGACUACUUCUGAAAGUGGCCACCCUCAAGCUGCCCCUGUCUCCGGUCCUGAACCUCGCAAGAGUUUAGCACCUGGUGCCUUUGACAACCGGAGACUUUCCAUGGGAUUCCGUCCGCUUCCUCCAGAUGGCAACCCAGAUGAUACGGCCGAAGAGAGAGCUAUGAGGAUCAGAUCCUUCUACAAGGAAUACUUUGAAGAUUCUACUCCUGCGCCUCCAAUGCCCAAUAUUCUGGCACCUGAGGACUACCCGGGUUAUGGACAAGACUAUUACGACGAUUCAGCUCCAGUUUAUGACCAUGAUACUGGCCGGUACCAGAUUCCCGGCGCCAAACCUUUUGCUGAACCUCCCACACGCCGCGCUAUGACUCCUCCUCCUCGCAUGCCUCCUCGUUUUAACUCCGGUCCUCAGUCAAGAGCUGGAUCUGCUGCUGGUGGGCGGUUUAUGCCCCCGGGCCUACGAUCUUUCUCUUCAGCCAGUGGUUUUAUUCCCAGCGGACGUCCGCCACCGCAUAGAAGGCCAAUAGCCCCACCCCAGCCAUUGAACAUUCUCCCAACGCCUCAUUUACUGAAUGAGGACGCGUUUGCUUCACCAAUCAUGUUUGCACCUCCAUCCAGAGUACCGGGAUCUGACAGCGGAGGUACGCGUGGCGGUCGGCGUCCAUAUUCUCCAUCGGUUUCUCCUCACGUGCCACUUGUAUCGGCAUUUGACGAACUUGCAGUACUCCCAACCCCACAUCUUUUGAGAAACUCUUCAACAUUCACAGCGCUUGACUUUGCCCCUCCAAGAAAAUUCAGGGAGGACGGUGGUAUAGGCAGUGAUGCGGGCAGCAUCAGAAGCAACAAGAGUGGCGUCUCGGCUCUGCAAGUGCAAAAUAUCAGGAACGGAGCGUACCGUGUAUCACGACUUCCUCAGGAUGUUGUGCCUGUGAAAGAAGAUAUGACAUCGAAUCUUAAGCCAACAUGGGUUAUGCGACCUUAGCGAUCUUGUCUUUAAUACUUCGGCAAUAGUUCUCUUGUUCUGGUGUAAAGUACGGUUUCUUUUCUGCAGCGUUUUCGGCAAUAACGACUUCCAAAAUCGAAGCAACACAGGACGACCGACGGGAACAUCUCCUUGAUUCCUUCUUCUCUCAUUUAAUGACGUUUGGGGUUUUUGGGCGAAUCGAGCACAGUCGGUUGAAAGUUUCAAUUGUAACAGCUUGAGCCAUUAAUGAUGGGUGUCAUGAAGGCAGAGUCUUGAUAUAGAUGUGAGGGUUUUUAUUUCUUUUUUCGGAGGUUUGAUUCUGGGUUCUGGUUGCUGGGCAUGCUAGCUCAUGGGGAUUCGUGAGGUUGAUAUUUCCGGUACACUACGAUACGGAAUAUUAGAGGCACUCAUCUGCUUGUUUUUUUGGCCAUUCCUUGUAUUACUUUAAUGUUCCUGGGACGGAACCCUGAGCUAUUUCUUUUCUUCUCCAUUACAAGGUUUCUCCGGGGCCGCUUCUGAUGUGCAAUUGGGUGGGAGGAUGGGUUGGUCAGUCCGGCUGGCGUGAGCGGGCUCCUUUCUCGCCAUCACCGUUUUCGUCAUCAAAUCCUGGAGGGCCAUUGUGUAUUAUUGGGAGUAUAUCCUUCCAUUCAGGACUAAGAUGUCUAUAUUGACUUGCGUAAUUCGUUUCCUCUUCUAUAUCCUGUUACUUAUUUUUAACCCUUGCUAAAAUACGCUAUUUGCAUUUCUUGCCUCUUCCCGCUCUCUUUUAUCACUCUAUAUAAUGCUCCAUACCCAUGAAUUCCCUGGUGUUCUUGGAAUAUAUCCCGCUCUUGGCCUACAGUUAUUGCCUUCCUUUUUGGGUAUCCUUACUUAACUAAGUAGUCAUAGUUUUAUUUUUACCUUUAAAAUUUGCCUGCUUGGGGCGGUCUCCAUUUG